GUCCUCUCUCUCUCUCUCUCUCUCUCUCUCUCUACUCUCUCUCUCUCUCUCUCUCUCUAUAUAUAUAUAUAUAUAUGUCUCGACUGUAAAUCGAUUUGAAUUUUGUGUUUCUGAGAGAUUUGAAUUUUUAAUUUGAGGAAUUAGGUACUCGAUAAUGGAGUGUCCGAUGGUGAUGGAGAGGUCGACGGGGAAAUGGCGGUGCAGCAACGUGGAAUCGGCGCCGAAUUGUCCGAGGUGCGCUUCUUCGAACACGAAAUUCUGCUACUACAACAACUACAGCCUGUCUCAGCCGCGGUACUUCUGCAAGGGCUGCCGGAGGUACUGGACCAAAGGCGGAUCCCUGCGGAACGUACCAGUCGGAGGCGGUUGCCGGAAGAGCCGCCGCGCCAGGGGCGGCGCGAGGCAAGGCGGAUCUUCGAACUAUCCGUCUCACGGCCAGGGAUGCGCCGGCGAGUCAGGCGGCGGCGGCGCCGCCGCCGACAUCGACCUGGCGGCGGUGUUCGCCAGGUAUGUCAGCCAGAACAUUAGGGAAAAUGAGGAGUCUAGUAGUCCCGGCGGAAGCAGCGGCUCAUCGGAAAAUAUUCCGGCGGGGAUGCCGGAAUGCUUGGACGAUGUGACGACGUGUCAGUAUCAGAAGCCGUUGGAUUUGACCAACGGCGGAGAUGAUCGGGAUGAGUUGCGGCAGGUUAUGGCUGACAUCUCCUCCAUUGAUGGGGAAAUCAACGGCCAGGAUUUCAUCUACCAGGGCUACAAUGGGUAUGAUCUGCAGGAGCAGUGUGUUCUUGGUGAUGAUUUGGGGUUAUUGUGGUCAAAUGAAAGCACAAAUUUGCCUAAUUUUGAAUGGCAGCUGGAAGAAUUGGAGAAUUUUUCACAAGAUGAUCAGUUCAGAGUGUCUGAAAAUCUGUCACUUGAGAAUUGGGGAUUAUUCGAAUUAUCUGCCCACGACUAUUUUUCAAGACCUUGAUAAAUUUAGGACAUGGGUUUUAUUUUAUUUUUGCCUUGGGGGAAAUUGUUGGGAUUCAUCUGUCACAGGGGUUCUUGUCAUGAACACUGUGGCGAGACAUAAUUAUAUUUAUACGUGUAUUUAUACAUGAGGAAAUAAUAACAAAUCUAAUAAGAUUAGUGAAAUUUUGUAUGUU